AUGUGGUCGACUAAACUCUUGUGUCUUGCGCUGCAAGUCACAUCUUCGUUCUCUCUCCCCGCUGAGAUUCCGCCUCCAUCGCGAACUGGCAAAGGAAUUUGGAAAGAUGCAUACUCGAAAGCGCAGCAAUUUGUGGAUCGAUUGACGCUUGAGGAAAAAGUUAAUGUUACACGUGGUUUUGCGGCUGAUAAUGUUUGCGCUGGAAACACGGGUACGAUCCCGCGCCUUGGAUGGCCGGGUUUGUGUCUCCAUGAUGCGGGUAAUGGAGUGAGAGCGACGGAUUUUGUGAACUCGUAUCCUUCUGCUUUGCAUGUUGGGGCGAGUUGGGAUAAGAAUUUGACGUAUCAGCGGGGGUAUUAUAUGGGGAAGGAGUUCAAGGCCAAGGGAGUGAAUGUUCUCCUUGGACCAAAUGUUGGACCGCUGGGAAGAACACCGCUUGGUGGACGAAACUGGGAGGGUUUCUCAGUUGAUCCGUACCUAACCGGCCAACUCAGCGCAGAGUCCAUUAUCGGCCACCAAGACGCCGGAGUUAUCGCCAAUGUCAAACACUUCAUCGCAAACGAGCAAGAAACAUUCCGCCGUCCCUACUUUGGCAUUGAAGCAGUAUCCUCCAACAUCGACGACAAGACCCUCCACGAAUACUACCUCUGGCCGUUCGUCGACUCAGUAAGAGCAGGCGUCGCAUCGGUAAUGUGUUCAUACAAUCGAGUCAACGGAACAUAUGCCUGUGAGAACAGCAAGCUCAUGAAUGAGCUUCUCAAGACUGAGCUUGAGUUUGAGGGGUUUGUGUUGCUGGAUUGGAAUGCGCAGCAUAAUCUUGAGAGUGCGAAUGCGGGAUUGGAUAUGGUCAUGCCGAUGGGGGGAUUCUGGGGGGAGAAUUUGACGAUGGCUGUUGAGAAUGGGACUGUUAAGGAGGCUAGGGUUACGGAUAUGGCUACAAGGAUUUUGGCCGCGUGGUAUCUCGUCGGUCAAGACAUUGACUUUCCAACUCCCGGCAUCGGAAUGAAGAACCUCUCUCUUCCUCAUGAACAAGUCGAAGCGCGCAUCCCCGAAUCACGACCAACUUUGCUCGAGGGCGCUAUCGCAGGGCACGUACUCGUCAAGAACGAGAACAACACCCUCCCUUUUGCUCAAAAGCCCAAGAUGAUCUCUGUCUUUGGGUAUGAUGCCACCGUCGCCAAGACGAAGAACACAGAUAAUCUUUUUCAGCUGGGAUACACGUCUUCGCCAGAGAUGGGACAGGCUGUUCUUGGGACUGAAGAGCACUUUGAUCAAGCGGCCAAGGGAGGGACUAUUGUUUCGGGUGGUAGGGCAGCUGCUAAUUCGCCGCCUUACAUUAGCGAUCCCCUCAGCGCAAUCCAACAAAGAGCUGCAAAAGACGGAAGCUGGGUGAAUUGGGAUCUUUCAUCCUCCAACCCCGACGUGAACGGCGCAACUGAUGUCUGUCUCGUCUUCAUCAACGCCAUGGCAACAGAAGGCUGGGAUCGCGAUGGUCUCCACGACGAUUUUAGCGACGCCCUGAUCCUCAACGUCGCGUCGCAAUGCGCCAACACGGUUGUUACAAUCCACGCAGCAGGAAUUCGUCUUGUUGAUCAGUGGAUCGAACAUCCUAACAUCACCGCGACUAUAAUCGCUCAUCUUCCCGGCCAAGAUAAUGGCGAGGCGCUCGUAAAGCUUCUUUAUGGUGAGGCAGAUUUCUCAGGAAAGUUGCCGUAUACGUUGGCGAAGAACGAGAGUGAUUAUACUCCUUACAAGCCCUGUGGGCUGGAGGAGGGGAGUAAGGAUCCGCAGUGCGACUUUACUGAAGGAGUGUAUUUGGACUACCGCUCUUUUGACGAUCGGGAUGUUGCGCCGAGAUUUGAGUUUGGGUAUGGGCUUAGCUACACUGAGUUCGAGUACUCUGACUUGGUAGUCAAGGUUCCUGAGACAAGUGCUUCAGCUACCGAUGACGAUCUCUGGAGUACUUUUGCCACUGUUCAAGCUACCGUCUCCAACAUUGGAAAACGAGAUGGCGAGGAGAUUACUCAACUGUAUGUUGCUAUUCCGAAUAGUCCACCCAAGCAACUCCGAGGUUUUGAAAAGGUCAAGAUCAGCAAAGGAGAAUCUGCUGAGAUUCCAUUCGAGCUCACAAGGCGUGAUCUCAGCGUUUGGGACGUCGUCAAGCAGGAUUGGACUCUUCAAUCAGGCAACUACACCAUUUUCGUCGGCUCCAGCAGCCGCGCCCUCCCCCUAACAGAAUCCUUCACCAUA